CAUUAAAUCAGCCACAUCAUUCAAACAAUCACCUUCAAUUCUUUGAAUCAAAAGUAGCCUCACCCCUCAAAUCCAGCCAAUCAUUCGAAUCCAGCGUGGUCCAAGUACUCGUUUAUGCUGAACGUAAGCAAGUACGCAUUGAAUUCCGUCAGCGUGUGUGUGUGUGUACUACUUAUAUGUGUGCUUGUUUUCUUUGACGCAUUUUCUCGCCGGUUCGAUGAACGACGAGAGGCUUGACGCAAGUUUUGAUUUGGUUCUCCCGUGUUUGCUGCCGGCUGUGAGCGGUAAAUAACCACCCUCAACCAACUAUCCAUCCAUCCAUGCUACCACCACUACCACUAUUACUCCUUACUACCACAAUUGGGACGAGAAACACACACCUCAAGUUGAGAGGUGGAAGUUGGCAUUGCUCAGUUGAAGUGGUCAGUUGAACUUGAAACGACGAUGUAUCGUCUUUGAUCGAACAGAAACGAACUUCAAACUUCUAUUCUGCAACGGGAGAAAUGUCAGAGCAUCAAUCGGUGACACUCGACUUCUGACGGACUUUUGGCAGCAUAACAGUUCAGGGUGAAAUAAUCAACCAUCUAUCUAUCUAUCUAUCUAUCUAUAAGAGUGAGCCCGUUAUCGCCAAUCGUUUUUGGCCGAACAAAAGCGAGCAUCCAUCAUCAGGGAAACCAUGAAAUCGUUUGGCUUGUGUGUGUUCUCAUGCCUGAUUAGCAUUUGCCUUGUUGUUUUCGUGGUCGUGGUCGUGGAGGUGGAAGCUUUUCCCCAUGCCCAACGAGGCGAGUGGUACCAAACCUACUCCCAGGAUCACCAACCUCAUUUCUCACCGGUCAAUCCGGGAUUUCCUCUCCUCAACACAAAGAGCAAGACCCGCGAAUGGCAUACCAAUUAUGCGUCCAGCGGCAACUCUGUGCUCACCAAGAGACAAAGUGCAGUGAGCUUAAACCCAUUGGAAAUGGUCUCGAAUAAACUCCGAGAAUUGGGCCAACAAGUCGUGAAGGGAUUCUCCAAGCUCACCAGAUUCGACACGCGUGACCAGGACUCAUUUUCUCGGGAUUUUCUUCAACCCAGCAUAGAUAGUGACUCGGAUGACUAUUUGUUCGUGCCAGCAGCCUCUGACUAUUCCCAUGGAUCUCAGACGUAUUCAUCUUCGGGAAGCGUUUCGCCAGGAAGCUAUUUCAAUGAUGGGGACGCGAGGUCCUCUGUCCAUAAUGAAAUCCCUCCAUCCUCGUAUCAUUACUACACGCCAAAUAGCGCUAGUAGUUCAGACUCGGGUUCGUUCUCAUUACCCUCCGAUGAGCGAGUCCAACUGACAUCCGCCUCGACCUCGGAUCAUUAUUCCAGUUCCCCUUCUGAAGCGUUUUUCGUGGAUCAUCCCACGCGUCACGUGGUCUCCCAUCAGCCUCAGAGUUCGGGUGGCAAGCCUUCGUUCUUCGAGUAUGUGGCUAAUGACCUCAAGAAAGCGGGAGACUGGAUGAUGGGCAUGCUUGGCAUGGAAACCUAUCCGGACGGGGCCCAUGAUGGCCAUAAAGACCGUUUGAUUAUUGAUCAGAACAUGGCCAACGGACAGCACCCUUAUCUCACGGAUUUCCCCGAAUCCCCUUUCGCCGAUUUGCUUUACGAGGAGUACCUAGCCUCGAGCGGGGCUUCAACCCAGGCUCCUUUUUAUCCUAAUGCAGAGUUCUCACAUUCCCAAGGGCAAGGAGAGUACAUAGCGGAGCCGGCUACCGCCGCCACUACAUCGGCCACAAAGCCACCCGUUCCCAUUAAGCUCUUGAUUUCCGCACAAGUAGCCCGGGAACAUGCCGAUGAAGUGAGGACAUUACCAAUCGAAGUGGUGGCAGGCUCAGACACGACUCGAUUAGUAUUGGAAUUACCCGCUUCACACACAAAGGACCUUCAUUCCCCAACACUAAUAAAGACAACUGGAGGAAGCGAUGGAGCAAGCAUUGGAGUGGAAGCCUUGACGGCUAAUGGAAACGAAUACAAGACGACGAUUGAAGCAAAGAAGGCAAAUGGGCUGCAAAGCAAGGUGGACAGCUACUACGAUGACAUCGUCUUGGUAUCGACCGAGGAGCAUGAUAACAAUAUCGGAGACGAGAAUGCCAUCAUCCAAAGAGAAGACAAAACAUUCAUGCGAGUGUACGACAAAACAUUGGGUCGUUCCAUCCUUCGUGAAAUGAACAACAUUUACCGCCCAGUUGCCAGCAGACCGUCCUUGACCAAAGACUUCUUCUAUCAGGCAUCUGACCAAACCACUCAGGAAUCCGAAACGCAAACCUCCGGCGGACCCAAUCCUAAUCCUCCGAUUUUCGAGUCCGAGAUUGACGAGAAUCAAAAUAACGUGGCUUUGACGUCCCAAGAUGCAGACUCAGUGGAUUUGGGCCAAAUUGCCACUUCGCAAGCCAUUAUCGAGAGCGACAAGAGCGAUGACACAGCUCUUUAUAUUGUCCAAGCACCAGGUGACAUCGACUACGAGUUCUUAUUGCCCGAGCUGAGGGACAACGAAGACGAUUACAACCAUUCCAAAGACAGCGACAUCGAAUCGAACGCGGAACCUGAAGAUCUCGAACCUGAGGCUACUACGUUGAGCGCAGUUGUCAAUAAGGACGUUCCAACAUCUGAUGGUGCUCUUAUUAUCUAUCCCACGUCCGACGACGACACGUAUCCCUUCCUCACCCAAGGGGCCACCACGACCUCGGAAUCCACCUCUACCGUGAUUACCAGCUCGGUUUCCAGCACAGCGCAAAUUGGCUUGAGCAAAGGUGCGACCAAACUAAGCGAUUGGACCCGAAAACUUGAGGCGGCUCUGUCGUCCUCGUCGUCGUCCCAAGAUGAUCCCACUUCAAUCCCCCAACUUGAGACCGAGGAUUUGGGGCCGAAAGCCGAUUUCGCAUUGUCAGCAGGGCAGAGUUCAUCCAUCAAUCAGACUACCACGACAGACGAGGGAUUAGUCCCAGUGUCAUCCUCGUCGGUUUUGGCGCCCAAAACUCCCACCGAGACAUUGACUGCCGGCGCAUUGCUGGCAGGUGAGGAUCAUUUGUUGGAUCAAUCGAAGGAGAAAAAAAGUGCCAAAGAAGGUGCUGUCAAGAAGGAGAAUACGCUCAAUGGACUGUUUAUCGAGGAUGAUUGGGAUAACUCGAACAUUUGGCAAGGUGAGACGUCUCAAGAGGCUGACCAACUCCGUGAGUUGCUCGUGACCCGCAAGAAGUUGCUACACAAGCUCAAAGAAAAACGCAAGGACAAGAAACAGAUCUUGCUCGCUAAGCUCAAGAAGGAUUGAGAGAGGAAUUAGUGUCCUCAAUUCAACGAACUGCCUCGUCUUUGUGUCUUGUCAGUGUGGGAACUGACCAACAUCUCAACUAAUUUCACGUUGAAACGACCAUCAUACGUCAACCAUCACCCAUAUCUUCCAGAAUAACUACAAUAUCAAAAUGAUGCCACACGACUCGGUUCAAGUUUUGUUCUGUCGUUGCUGUUGGCUUUUUUAUAUCUCAGUGAAACAAACAAAUAUAGUAUUGUUAG